UAGGUAGAAAUUGUAAGUAACCACUUACCUCUAGAGAAGUCACCGCCGCCGAUAACAACCCUCAGGCGGCUCGUCUUCCGCCGCAUAAAAAGGCCAAAGCAGCCGUUCAAAUCAAUUACAGGAUAUUACCCCUCAAGCAAUUACUUGAAUUGGGGCAUAAUGGACGAAAAUAAAUUCCUGGAUCAAUUCAUUGAGGUUGAGAUUGAAGCUGAAAAACUCUUAUUGGGACGCCAUGAGUUGGUCGAUAUUGAUAGAAUGAGGAAUGGGAACAGGGAGGCUUUAACAGCACUAAGGAAGAGAGCUAAAACUACAAAAACCAGUGUUCCUUCACCUUUCGAAUCUCUAAUGAAGGAUAUUGAUCCAAGGCCAUUGGUGAAUGAGGUUUGUGCAACAUGUGGUCAUCAUAAUGCGAGGGAGAGCACAUUGCUUAUGUUCCCUGGAACUGACACCUUUGCAACUAUACCGUUUCAUGCUGCUCAUACCAUUUUGGAAGAAGAUCAAGCACGCCUUGAUUUUGAUUCCAAAAAGCUCCAGAGCUACGUGAAAGAGCAAUCUCUAAUUCUUUCAGAAAAAGGUGCCCUUUCUGACAGGAUAGGUCCUGGAGUGCUAAAAUCUCUGGUGGCCUUAACUGACAAACCAAAGAUUGAGGAGGAUGAUUGACAACCUGAUGCAGUUGUGAUGGAUGGGGAGUUAUUUUUCAUAGGGUGUAAAAUUCUGCACGAAGAUGGCCAAAAACAUGCUAGAGCGCGAAAGACAGUGACUAGAGAAGCUUCCCGUUGAGUAUGAGAGGCAACUAACAACUAACAAGUCACUUUUCUUGAAUCAAGCCCAAAAUUGUCGCUUAAAGGAGAGGUGCUAGUGUCAUAUACCUUACUGCUGCUGGAGCCGUUACACCGACGCACCUCUUUGAAUUGACAUGUUACGAUAAAGGUUUCAUAGGGAAAAAGUAUGCACAUGAUUUCAAGGAAAUGGAGGAGCAGGCAUGCUUCUGGGACCCAAGAAAGUUUGGUUUGUGCAGUUACAUUUGUAUUAUGUUUUUGAAACAUAAACAUCGCAUGGUGCUGAUAACAACGUUAAGGAAUUUCGUCGUCAAGCCACUCCUUGGCUCUAUAUUGUCCAUUCAAUGAUGCGAACCGGUUUUGAGUGGAAGUCUUAAAUUUUGUCUAGGGAAAAAAAUUAAUUUUUUUUUUUUUAAUUUUUGGUUGUUUUGAUUUUAUUAUCAAAAAUCAGUGUAUUGUUUCCAUGUAUUAUCGCUGUCAUUACUUCGAUGAUUAGAGUUGAGAGAUGUUGACAGGGCAGAGAUAAAAAUUAGUUGUUGCUAA